AUGUCCACCACCUCCAGGAAUCAAGCCUGCUCCAGUCGCGAUGUGUCGGUCAAGCACACAACAGAAACAAUCACCUCGAAAAUGGACUGGAAACAUUACAUCAACCACAGGCCGUCCUACCCAGAUUCAAUGUGGCGCUUAUGGCUGGCUUACCACAAGGGACCCCUCUUGUCAGCACAUGACAUUGGGACUGGAAGUGGAAAUGCUGCCGAGAGUCUACUCGUCCACACCGUUCCGCGACUCGAGCGCGUCGUCCUGACCGACCCACGUGAGUCUAACAUCCAGGACUCGCGGAAUCGAUUUUCCGGGCGCUUUCCUGGCACCCAGUUUGUGUACCGGGUUCGCCGCGGGGAGGACGCCUGGGACGACCUGCAAGGCGCCCUCGACAAGGUCGACUUUGUCAUGGCGUGCGAGUCCAUCCACUGGACCGAGCUUGAGCCAACAAUGAGGAACAUUGCCGGCGGGCUGCGGCCUGGCGGGACCUUUGCCGCCGUGCUCUACUGGCCGUUCCCGUCCAUCACCAACAACGGGGCCGCGAGCGACGCCUUCCAGAGGCUGAUCGCCAACCACGUGGACGGGCUGAUGAAGAAAGAGUGGAUGAGCCAGGCUUGGCAGCGCGGGAGCAAGCAGCUCAACAUGGACUGUGUGCCCCUGCGCGACGAGAACUGGGGGGACGUGCAGCGCUUCUACCUCAACUGCGGCAAGGGUUGGGCAUGGGAGCAGCACCCCGAAGAGAAGCAGUGGCACGCCGCGCCCGUGGCCCACCUCGGACAGCACGAACGGGUUGAGGAUCAAGACUGUGGGGACUGGCAGUUGGACACAACUGUGCAGUGGCUGAGGGAGAACCUUGAGUCGCUGCGUUUUGGGUUCAACGCCGAGACGUGGGAUAGCAAGGAGUGGAAAGAGAUUCAGGACGCCGUGGGCCAUGGGACAAUAAAGUUAGAAUGGCAGGUCCAGAUGGUUCUGGCCCGCAAGCGAUGA